AGAAGAAGAAGAAGAAAAAAGAAGAGCAUUAAGGAAAUCAAAUAAAGAGAAAGAAGAUGGCUUGUUUUGUCCCAAGAGACCUUCUCUUGUUGUGUCUCUCAAUACUCAUCGUCCUUCCCAUAGCCCUUACCUCAGGCCCUGACGCAGCACCCCUGACCCACCAUGGGGGACGCUUGCUCACUGGAAACUUGAACGUUGGCAUCUUAUGGUACGGUCCAAUUCCAAAGGCCCAAAAGAAAGCGAUAUUGUCCUUCUUAAGGUCCCUGAACAUGAAGACACCUGAACCUGAUGCUGCCAACCAACCCCAAGUCUCAUCAUGGUGGAACAUUGUGGAGAGCUAUGGAGCUGCAGCUGGCAAUAAUAAUAUCCCGGUGAAGGUGAUAAACCAAGUUUUUGAUCCAAAUUACUCUUACGGGAAAGUCCUGAUCAAAGAUUUCAUUAAGCCCCUCCUUCCUAAGGCCACUGGUGGAAACCCAAACACCCUCGCUAUAGUCAUAGCCUCCAAGGGCGUGACAGUGCAAGAUAUGUGUGCCGGAUCAUGCGCCCAACACGGUCUUAUUGAAAACCAAGUUUAUGUUGCUGUGGGGGACCCAGAGGAGGAGUGUCCUGAAUGCGCAUGGCCAUUCCUGGCGACCAAGGGCAAGACAGGUGCAACGAUGAAACCACCAAAUGGGAAUGUUGGAGCAGAUGUCAUGGUGAAGUUGUUGGCAGGUGGCUUGGCCGGUGCAGUCACAAACCCAUUCUGGGACGGGUUCUACGCAAAUGCACACGGAGACCAUGUCUUGGAAGCCACUAGCAAGUGCCCUGAUAUUUUUGCAACAACCAAGCUACCCGUGGACCCUCGAAAUGGAGGAGCCUUUAAUGCUGUUGGCGACAAGGGUACCAAGUUCUUGCUCCCUGCUAUUUGGAACCCUAAAACUUCUUCCUGCUGGACUCCCCUCUAACCCAUCUCCUUUCUUUCUUUUCUAUCACUCUUCUCAUAAACAUUUUUUAUGACAUAUAUAAUUAAAGACUAAUGUUUUUUUGGACACUUCAUUGUGCAAAUCCUAUUGGGAGUAACUAAAAAGUCUGACGUAUUCUUAUUAUUGAGUAGGGUAAAAAAUACAGCAUAUGCUACAUUAAAAAUGUAGUAUAUUUAUGUUUAAUCUUCACUAAAAAGGUUAACAAUUUAUUUAAUUGAUUUUAAUAAAAAGUAUGUAUAUCACA